AUGGAACAAGACGAGGAAGAUGUAUUCGAAGGCGUUGGCAUUGACGUGUUUCAAGAUUAUACACACCCGAAGGCUUUUGACUUCUCUCACCUCUCAUCAUGGGACACAUUUACCCAAGAUCUCUCCAGAGCCUGUCAAUCAGUCUUUCCCCAGCAUCCUGCUAAAUAUGAAGGAGUCCACGCUCUUCUCAUGAACUGGGCUGAGGACGAUCUUGGAACGGAUAUCGAGUUAGUCGAUAUGGAUGCUUUGUUCCGAGACCACUUCAACUACUCAUCAGAGAUAUGGAAAAUACCUAGUCAACAUUCAGAAGACGCUCUCGAGCGAAAGCUUUCAGAAGUAAAGGCACAAUUUGGGGGCGAGAACCGGCUCUUGAUUGUCUACUAUGGAGGUCACGGUCGCCAUGAUCCCAGCAGUCGUAGUAUCUGGCAAGCAUAUCUCGAUCGCAAGAGACUUGGCAAACGGAAGAGUCCGACUCUCUCCUGGAGUACUUUACAGCCCAUGCUUCAAAGGGCCUUAUGCGACGUGCUAAUCCUGCUGGACUGCUGUUUUGCUGGAAGUGCAGCUCGUGCUUCAAUCAAUGGUACCAACGAGCUACUCGCCGCUUGUGGCCGAGAGACGACUACCGCAGCCGUUACCGAUAGAUCAUUCACGAGAAAUCUCCUACGGAAGAUAAAGUCUUUCAAUGGGCAGCCUUUUACGGUCAAUCAGCUCUAUGAGCGACUAAUCAAUGAUCGCAAGCGAAUAGACAAAACGCCGCAAUAUGCUGCUUUAUCAGACUGCGCAAGAUCUAGUAUUGUUCUAGCGCCAGUAAGAUCUGAGCUGGCAGUGAACGAUCUCCAACUAUCUGUACAAUCCUCGACAGAAUCAGGGUCGAAUGAUUCAGGGCCUUUAACGUCUGCUUCAACCUCCCUCGUGCCGUCGUCAGAAACGGGCACUUCCGGACUAUCGUCUCCUUCCGAAGGCCCUCGUGUAUUAAUUGCUGUAUCGUUAGCAGCCGAGGCUAGUGUUCCGGAGGUCGAACUAUGGAAGAACUGGCUCUCAACGGAUGCUCCUGAUGACGUUCGCCGCCUUGAGGUCACUAUGGAGACAGCUUUUUCGGCUCAUUCCACACUGGUACUUGUAUCAGUGCCGAUAAGCGUGUGGAAUCACCUCCCAGAUACAUCAGCCUACCGUUUUGUUGACUUCAUCAAAUCCGGAAAUCUAUUGGCCUGUGGAGCGAAGCAAUCCGAGCAACAUGAAGAGAUCUUCGUUGUCAAAGAGAACGCUAUGACUGAUGAUUCAUCGAGCAUAGUCUUGUAA